UCUGCGGACUUUGCAUUCAGUUGCCAUUUACCUGUCGACGGUUCGAGGUGCACGUGUGUCCCGGUGUCGUUGAAGCGGACCAAACCGAAUCUCCAGGCGCCGCUCUGCGUUGCGUGCCUACGUGUCCUACGUGUGUGUCUGUGAGUGUCUGCACUAGUGUUGGUGCCGUGAGUCAGUGAGCGCAAAAAAGAUAACACAAAGAGCCACAGUGAAAGAUCAUUACGCACACACUCUCGAGCGACCUGCAAUGAAAAUAAAGUAGAGAAAAGAGUGUUUGUGUAUGUGUUAGUGUUAGUGGCUUAGCUGAGUGGAAUAACAGAGAAAAUAAAUGGAAAUUAAAUGAAGCUGCAAAAACUGCCAAAUAAACAAAGUGCUAUGCGAUGCAUAAAUGAGAACCCAAAGGGAGUUACCUGUAUAAUCAUCAAGAACUUUGCGCCAUUCUAGAGGCUUCUAACUGAGACACAAAAUCCCUCGCAAAGGACCAAACCAUGUCGCACAAGACGAGCAGCCGUCGCAGCAGCGACCUGGAGUGUCCACUAGCCUCAUUGGGUCGCAACAGCAAUGCAGUGCGGGACCACUACCACCAUCCGCAUCCGCUUAGCUCCAGUCCACUGGAUCCGCAGGCUUACAAAAUGAUGUCCCGCAAAUCACCGAAUCCCGGCAUUGAUGUUGAGACACUGGCCUCGCGCAGUUCUACGCCACCCAGCGAACAGACUGCGGGAUCCUCGACAGCAGCGGCUGCAGCAGUGCUCCAUAUGGUACAACAGAAAGCGGCCACCUUUGAGCUCAGAGGUCGCCACUCGCGACCGGAACAGGGCAGCUAUGGAGCCCAUUCAACGGCUUCUGUAGGAAGGCAUGCGAAGAAGUCCCCUGAACUGCCGGCACCAGCCUCCAGAAAUGUAGCUCCAGUUCCCCAGCCAAGAAACUUCCUGACCCUGGAGCAUGUCCUGCAAUUCGGAACCCAGCGACCUAGUUGGAUGCACGGCAACAGUGCGGAUACAGAAGAUUCCAGUGACAAUAAUGCGGGAGGUGGUGGAACGGGCAGUGGGAGUGGUGGAGCAGGUGGACGAAGACGUGCCCAAGGUGGCCGGUGCAGUGUACCCACUGUACUUAGCAGCAAUGGUGGCGGCAGCAAUGGAGCCCAGUACCUGCUGGACAAGAAGAUGGAGUCCCUGUAUCUCGGCAAUGCUCUGCGAGCUCUUCCCUUGGGCGCCGAGGCGAGUCAGUACCAAAACGAGCGAUACUACCUAGAGGAUUACAGCAGCGGCAGCGGAAACGAGCGACUAGCAGAACGCCUUCACCAUCCGCGCACCUCCAGUCCCAGCGAGACGAGUGGCUCGGAUCGCUAUCUGCUAAACAGGAGCUCAAACUCCAAUCACCUGCACUCCAAAGGCCAGAGCCUGUCGGAUGGUCUAUGCAAUCUAGGCAGAUUUUCACCCAGUUUGGAUCAGGGUUAUGCCACUCUGGUCUCACCCUCGCCAACGGGUCACCAUUCAAGUGGCGUGGCGGGAAACGUGACCAGCACCACCACGGCCAGUGGAGCGGGGAUUAUGGCUAGCAGUACUCCAACGACAACUCCGAGAAGAGGAGUAUCCAGCAAUGGAGUUGGAGGAGGUGGUCCUGUCACAGCCAUUGGACCGCCUCCAUGGAACCGCAAGGGUCCCUUUCGUUGCGGUCCGCUCUUUGACCGUCUGCCUGACGAGGCCGUCGUCCGGAUCUUCUCCUGGCUAGACAGCUGCGAGCUUUGCAACGUUGCGAGAGUUUGUCGAAGAUUCGAGCAUCUCGCUUGGCGGCCCAUCCUUUGGAAGGUGAUUUCGCUGCGAGGUGAACACCUAAAUGGCGACAAGAUCCUGAAGAUGAUCUUCCGGCAGCUGUGCGGCCAGAGUUGUAAUGGCGCCUGUCCAGAAGUGGAGCGUGUGAUGCUCGCCGAUGGCUGCCGCAUCUCGGACAAAGGACUCCAGCUUCUAACUCGCCGUUGUCCAGAGUUAACCCACCUUCAACUUCAGACCUGUGUGGGCAUCUCGAAUCAGGCACUGGUCGAGGCUCUGACCAAGUGCAGUAAUCUGCAGCACUUAGAUGUGACGGGCUGCAGCCAGGUGAGCAGCAUUAAUCCCAAUCCCCACAUGGAGCCCCCUCGCCGCCUUCUGCUUCAGUAUCUUGACCUUACGGACUGCAUGGCCAUCGAUGACAUGGGCCUGAAGAUCGUGGUCAAGAACUGUCCCCAGCUGGUGUAUCUUUAUCUGCGACGCUGCAUACAAAUUACGGAUGCGGGUCUAAAGUUCGUGCCCAGUUUUUGCGUUUCGCUGAAGGAGCUGAGCGUGUCCGACUGCCUGAAUAUCACCGACUUUGGCCUAUACGAGUUGGCGAAGCUGGGAGCUGCACUUCGCUACCUUUCCGUGGCCAAAUGUGAACGCGUUUCGGAUGCUGGGCUAAAAGUCAUCGCCAGGCGGUGCUAUAAGCUGCGGUAUCUGAAUGCCCGGGGAUGUGAGGCUGUGAGCGACGACUCUAUUACGGUUUUGGCACGUUCCUGUCCUCGGCUGAGAGCCUUGGAUAUUGGAAAAUGCGAUGUCAGCGAUGCGGGUCUUCGAGCUCUUGCCGAGAGCUGUCCAAACCUAAAGAAGCUCAGCCUACGCAGCUGCGACAUGAUUACGGAUCGCGGGGUGCAGUGCAUCGCCUACUACUGCCGCGGACUACAGCAACUGAAUAUCCAGGACUGCCCGGUAUCCAUCGAGGGCUACCGGGCAGUCAAGAAGUACUGCAAGCGCUGCAUCAUCGAGCACACCAAUCCGGGAUUCUGUUAAGAUUACCCUUUUGGAAUAAGACACCACAAAGCACAGAGGCAGGCCAUAAGAGCAGAUAUUGUUGAUAGUAACAACUGCACAAAAUGAAGGAAUUUAUGGGCAUAAGGAGUCUUAAUAAGUCCCCGGAGUCGGGAGACAAAAAAUUAUGAAGUGCCACUUUUGGGAACCAAACCCUUGAUCAUCCACUAAAAGAAAGUGAAAAUAUUUUAAUUUAAAAACUCUCUUUGCAAU